GACAUUCGCUCGUUUUUUGGCCCAAAAGGUGGCGCGCCGCCUGCUAAGCCGGCAACACCAGCACCCAAGAAGGAAGAGGAGAAGAAGACCCGGGGCAGGCCAAGGAAGGUAGUUGAGGACAGCGAAGAUGAUGAGGUUGUUGAGGUCAAAAAGCCAACCAAGGCUGCGCCAAAGAAGAAAGUAGCACUAUCUAGGGAACCCGUAAAAGGAGUUGAAACCGAUGCUGCCAAGUACUUUGCAACCUCAAAAACAAAAACAGCUGCUGCGUCCCAGGCAACACCGAAAAAGACACCCGCGAAACCCGAGCCAGAAGAACCAAAAGUAGCACUUCGAACAAGCCCGCGGAAGAAAGCCACCCCCGCUGCCAAAGCACCAGAGCCUCCCAAGACUACAAAGAAAACCUCGACUACGAAGAAACCCACGACGGCCUACAAGAGUUACGACAAGGAUGACGAUGGCGAUGCCUACAUGGAUGAUGAGCACGAUGCUGGAGAUGACAUAUUUGCGGCGGAAUUCAAGGGUGGCAGCAAGAGGAAAAAGGACGAUGACUAUGCCGAGGAGGACAGUGAUGAGGAGCUCCUCCCCAAGCCCAAGCGAAUUGCAUCUCGCGCCAAAACAGCAGCCGUAGCCGAGUCUGACGACGAAGACGCCAAGCCUGGACCCAGCAAGUCGAACAAGAAAUCUACAACUACUACGGCAGGGAAGCGGAAAUCCCCGGUUGUUAUAAGUGACGAGGAAGACGAAGAGGAAGAAGAAGUCAAGCCAGCGAAGAAGAAGGGAGCCCCCGCUAAGCCCCGUGCGCCAAAGGCAAAGAAGGAUGCGGCGGUUGAAGAACUUGAGGACGUCAAGAAGAUCCUCGACAAUAUCCCAACUAUCGAAGCACCAGAUGCUCCUCCCAAGGACCCUAAUUUCAAGUUUGACUGGAAGACUAAGGCCGCCGGAGCUGGCAAUGCGGGCCCACCCCCCAUGGCGGGCACUGCCGACAUUCCUGAGGGUGAAAUUGAUUGUCUGGCGGGUAAGACCUUUGUGUUCACCGGCCUGCUCAAGACUAUCGCGCGUGAGGAAGCCCAAGCACUCGUCAAGCGCUAUGGUGGCAAGGUCACAGGAGCGCCAUCCAGCAAAACCGAUUUCGUCGUUCUCGGCGACGAUGCAGGACCCAGCAAGCUGAGGAAGAUCAAAGAGCAUGGGAUCAAGACCAUUGAUGAGGAAGGCUUGUUUUACCUCAUCAGGACUAUGCCCGCCGGUGGCGGCACCGGAAAGGGGGCGGAGAAGGCCAAGCAGAAGCGAGAGGAAGAAGAGAGGAAGGUGCGUGAAGAAGCCGAGAAGUUAGAUCGCGAAGAGAAGGCUCUGCGACUGGCGGCUGAGAAAGAGGCCAAGAAGGCCGCUGCUGCUCGCGGUGUUUCUGGUCCUGCCCCUGCUCUGCCCACACCGUCGUCACAGCUCUGGACAACAAAGUAUGCGCCCACAGCGAUGAACCAGAUCUGUGGCAACAAAGCCAACGUGGAGAAGAUACAGAACUGGCUUAAAAACUGGCCCAAGUCUAGAAAGUACAACUUUCAAAAGAGAGGCGCCGAUGGUUCAGGUGGAUACCGUGCUAUUAUCAUCUCCGGUCCUCCUGGUAUCGGCAAGACAACUGCGGCGCAUCUUGCUGCCAAGAUGGAAGGCUACGACGUGAUCGAGAGCAACGCCAGUGACACUCGCAGCAAGAAGCUCAUCGAGAACGGUGUUAGUGAGGUCAUGACCAACACAUCUCUUCUAGGUUUCUUUGGUGGAGAUGGUAAGCAUGCUGAUGCCCGCAAGAAGAAGAUUGUUCUCGUCAUGGACGAGGUUGACGGUAUGUCUGCUGGUGAUCGUGGAGGUGUCGGUACUAUGGCAAAGUUCUGCAAGAAGACCGAGGUGCCGCUCAUCUUGAUUUGCAACGAGCGCAGAUUGCCAAAAAUGAAGCCUUUCGAUCAUGUCGCCUUUGACAUCAAGUUUCAGCGCCCCACGGUCGACCAGAUCCGCUCGCGUAUCAUGACCAUCUGCCACAGAGAAGGUCUCAAGAUCCCGCCACCUGUCGUCAAUGCUCUUAUCGAAGGUAGCGGUAGGGACAUUCGGCAGAUCAUCAACAUGAUCUUUACAGCGAAGCUGGAUCAGACGACCAUGGAUUUUGAUCAAAGCAAGCAAAUGAGCAAGGCCUGGGAAAAGCACGUCAUCCUCAAGCCUUGGGAUAUUUGCCAGAAGCUGAUCGGCGGUGGCAUGUUCGCCCCUUCCAGCACGGCAACUCUGAAUGACAAGAUCGACCUCUACUUUAACGAUCACGAAUUCUCCUAUCUCAUGAUCCAGGAGAACUACCUCCGUUCCAGGCCCAUGGUCCUGAACCAAAAGGGCUACACUCCAAGGGAACAAAACCUCAAGUACCUCGAACUCGUCGACGAAGCAGCUGAAAGCAUCAGCGAUGGUGAUCUAGUAGACCGCAUGAUCCACGGCCCCCAGCAACAAUGGAGUUUGAUGCCCACACACGCCGUCUUCAGUACCGUCCGUCCCUCAAGUCUUAUCGCCGGCCAAUUCGGCGGACAGGCCCAGUUCACUUCCUGGCUCGGCAACAACAGCAAGUACGGCAAGCUCAACCGCUUCAACCGCGAGAUCCACGCCCACAUGCGCCUCAAGUCCUCGGGUGACGCCCAAGAAAUUCGCCAGCAGUACAUGCCUGUGCUGUGGGACAAGCUCGUCAAGCGCCUCGAGGUGGAGGGCAAGGAUUGCGUGCCCGAAGUCAUCGAUCUGAUGGAUAGCUACUACCUGACGAGAGAAGACUUUGACUCGAUCAAGGAGUUGGGAUUGGGUCAUAUGGCGGAGGAGACGGUCAAUAUUGAGUCGCAGACCAAGGCUGCUUUUACGAGGAUGUACAACGCAGCCUCCCACCCCGUCCCCUUCAUCAAAGCCAGCAGCGUCCUCGCCCCCAAGAAACUCACCAAGGAGGUGCCCGACCUGGAGGAAGCCAUCGAGGAAGACUUUGAGGGCGAUGACGCCGGCCUUGUUGAUGAUGCCGCGGAAGUUGAUGAAGACGAUGAUGUGGAUAUCACCAAGGAUAAGUAUAUUAAACAGCCCAAGGCGAAGAAGGCUGCCGCCAAGAAAAGUACCGCUGCUGCUAGCAAGAAGAAGGCAGCGGCGAAGACCAAAGAUGAGGAUAUUGUAGAUGAUGACGAGGAUGAUGAGGAUGUUGGAGCGAAAAAGCCGGCUGCAAGGGGAAGGGGAAGGCCUGCUAAGAAGAAGUGAGUAGAGUCCUUGUAAGGAUGUGUGGGAUGGGGGAUGUGUGUGACUUGAUAAUGGUAUAAGGUAGUUAAGGGAGCGUGGUGUGUCUAUUUCAAAUUUGUCCAUGGUUAGGUUGUCAGGUAGUCAUGUCAUGGUAGGAGAACAACUGGAGGCAUUUGCUAUCGGGAAAUAAUGGAAAGCUGGUAACAUGUCGGUAUCCUUGUAAUCUUCGAGCU